CCGGGGCCUUGAUAUAUGUAACGUGAUUACCUGCGAAAAAGGGAAUUGCUGCCUUACUGCCACAGUAUUUCCGCUGAUUUCUGUAUGAAGAUGAUUGGGCUGAUAAUAGUGCAUUUAUAUCUUUGAAACCCGGCUAUUUUACUUGGCUAUGUGAACCCGGCGCUGUCUAGGCGUAACCGAAGAUUGCUAUUCGGCGGCUGCAUCUCUCGCGCAGUAAGCAAACAUGGGCGGCGUAAAGAACCGCGAUGCCAAGAUGAAGGCGAACAAAGUCUUUUCGUCCGGAGGUGGUGGCGGCACGAAAGGUCCAGCAGUAGUUGAUAAGCGCGGGCAGGAGGUUAAGUGCCCUUACUGCGACAAGGUGUACCAACAGAGUGGACGUCUCAAGGAGCACAUCGCCAGCAAACAUGCGGACGAGCUGCAGCCAGAAGGCUCCGCAGCACCAGCAGCACCUGCUGCGAGCGCCGCUGCCAGCAGCAGCAGCGACAAUAGCAAAGCGGCCCCUAAGACCGGCGGAUCGCAGCCAGCAGCUGCAGCACCAGCGGCCACCAACUCAUCUGCCGCUGGCCCAGGCGGGCCUAAACAGGCAACUGGCGGCAACGCCAAUGCAGCAGCUCUUGCCGCGGCGGCUGCAGCGGCGGCACGGGCGGCUUCCACCGCUGCUGCGGCCUCCGCUUCAGGCGCAGCAGCAGCAGCAACAGCCAGCAGCAGCAAUCCCGGCGCCGGCGGCGGCAGCGGCGGUGGUGGUAUUAUGCAGGUGAACAGCAAGGCCGGCUACUACACGUGCAAGAGCCCCUCCAUGCAUCUGCACGAGUGGCUGCAGCGGGAGAAGCGGCCCAGGGCCCGGGUGGCCCCCAAGAAGACCGAGAGCGGCCUAUGGAC